CCUUCCCCGGCCGGGAGCUGCCCGUGCUCCCGAGGCCUGCGGCCGCUUUGCCGGGCGAACGGCGAGGGCGGCGCGGAGCGCUCGGCCCGCGGCGCGGGCGGCGAUUGCCUCCCUCGCAGGAGCGGGCGUGGGAAUUGUCAUCUAUCACUAUGAAAAACAACAUCCUGUGAGUUAGUUUCAAGCUUUGUGCCUCAUCAGUUUCUUCGGAUAAGCUGUGCUCCAAGCUCUCCUGAGGAAAGCUGGUGUCCUUGGGGAAGCAUGGCCUUGUGUGGUUGGAAGUGGCUCCUCCUCUUGGGCAGGCAGAACACCCUUGCCAGGGUGUGGAGAAGCAGGAGGGGCUCUCUGUGCUGGCAGCGCUGCUGCCACUGGAGCGCAGGCAAGUCUCUGGACCCCGAGGUGAGAGCGUUUUUGGAGGAGAACACCGAGGUCACCAACAGCGGGCACCUCACGCCAGAGAUCCGGCUGCGCCUCCUCACCCCCCGCUGCAGGUUCUGGAGAGAAAAACCUGACCUGUGGCCUUAUGGGGACCCGUUCUGGGCAAUUUACUGGCCAGGAGGCCAAGCCCUCUCCAGGUAUAUUUUAGAUAAUCCACGUGUGGUUAAAGGGCGAUCGGUUCUGGAUCUUGGAAGUGGAUGUGGAGCAACAGCAAUAGCUGCUGUGAUGAGCGGUGCAUCCCAAGUCCUUGCCAAUGACAUUGACCCUAUUGCAGGAAUGGCAAUGAUCUUGAACUGUGAACUGAACCACCUGAAUCCCUUCCCCAUCACCAUUAAGAACAUCAUUAAUUCAGAGGCUGGCAACUGGGAUCUCAUAGUUCUAGGAGAUAUGUUUUAUGAUGAACAACUUGCUGAUGGUCUGCAUCACUGGCUGCAGAAGUGCAUCAGGAUUCACCAGACUGAAGUGCUGAUUGGUGACCCUGGCAGGCAUCAGUUUUUAAGCCACAGCAUUCGCAGUCAGCUGCACAAAGUUAUAGAAUAUUCACUGCCUGAGUCUACGAGACAAGAAAACUACGGGCUAACAUCAAGCAUUGUCUGGAGUUAUCAGCCCUCAAACAGCUUAGAUGAUUCUUGAAGCUGUCUUUCUAUGGGAUUUUGUCUCUCUUGAUUGGCUUUCUGCAGGUAUAUAACAUGAAAAUGGGAAUUAAACAGGGAACAUUAUCUGUUAAAGUAAAACAGCUUACUGUACCUUCACUGGACUGAUUUCAAUCAUACUCAACUGAGGCUUUUGCUCAAUUUGAUGUAAAAGCUACAUGCAAACUGUAUUCAAAGGGGCCUGCACUGAAGUGCACAUCUACAGACAACUUACGUGUAGGAGUUUGCAUGCUUGAUGUUUCCCAUGUGUAUUUGUGUCUUGCUGACAUUACUGUGAAAUAUUUUGGAUGUCCAGCAUACUGCUGUGGGGAGAGGGUUCUGACUGAAGGACUACUGCACUGUUUCCACAGGCUUCUGCAGCUUAUUUAUAGAAAAUUUGUAAAUACAGAAAAUUAUUGCUGUCCUCCAUAAAAUUCUCCACUAGAUUUUUAGCUCAUAAUAUGCUCAACUUGAAGUGCCUUGCUCUUUUUCUGGCUAUCUCUUCUGAAUGUUAAAGUAAUUAAUUUAAAUCUCCCCCUUUCCCUCUGUAAUAAAAAUUUCCUCUUCCUUGAAACUGACAGAGUGAUUAUGUAGGAGUUGUGCCCAAAUCUAAACUCUGCUUCUUGACUGCCAGCCAGUGUAAAAGCUUUAAUAAAUGGAAAAUUAAUAAACAGUACCAGCUACGGGGUAACUUCAUUCCCUUGAGAGUAGGGUCAAAUGAUCU